UUAGAAGUUAGGUUAUAUGUGACUCCUGCUAUUUGAGGUUAAUUCGUUCUUCGAAUGUGUUCUCUGCUUGCACUGCUUAGCUGAAAUUACGAGUUUUAGAGCAAAAGAUGAUUAUCCCAAUUCGUUGUUUCACUUGUGGGAAAGUAAUUGGUAAUAAAUGGGAGGCCUAUUUGGGGCUCUUGCAGGCCGAAUAUACAGAAGGUGACGCUCUGGACGCCCUCGGCCUUAAACGUUACUGUUGUCGCAGGAUGCUGUUAGGACAUGUGGAUCUCAUUGAGAAACUUCUUAAUUAUGCUCCAUUAGAAAAGUAAAUAGGCUUUCGUAUACGUUUGUUCGAGUUUUUCAACUUUUGGUGAUACUGUAAUAUAGUUUAGGAUUAGGUUGCAUCAAAAUGCUUUCAGCCGUCUGUUGGCUUUUGCUAACUGCAACAAUCAAGAGCAGGCAAAGAGUAGGUAAAGAGUAGGUAAAAUAUUGUCUACUUUUUGAUACAGUAUUGAUGUAUUUGCGACUUUUGUAUUAAAUUAAAAUAAAUUAAUUCUUGAUGAAAAA